AUGGCGUACUGCUUCAACCGGCGCGCCUGUCGCAAGCGGCAGAUUGCCGACUACUUUGGCGACAGCUGGGCGCACCAGUGCGGCGACCGGUGCGACAACUGCGCUACCGGUGGUGAUGGCGAUGGCGAUGGCAAUGGCCAGCUCGUCGAGGUGGACGUCACCGAGGACGUCGCCGACCUGAUGAACCUUCUCGCCUACGUGGCCACCCGCCAGGACCGGAAGCUCACCUUUCCCAAGCUGCUGGACCUUUGGUUCGGCAAAGGCGAGAAGCGCCUUCGCCCGGAGAGUCUAGUAAUCUGUCGACACUCGAGGGAGGCGGCGCAGACGAUAGUCGCCUGCCUGCUCGUCGACGGCUACCUCAAGGAGGAGUUUCACUUUACGCCCUACUCCACUAUAUCUUACGUCACCGCCGGUCCUUCCAGUUGGCUGAUGAAGGGAGGAGGAGGACCGCAGCAGCCGAUUCGAUACUGGCUCCCACCCUCAUCCUCGUCAACAACGAAGAAGUCAGGUGGAAAGCAAAGCGCCAAACGAGCAAGCACUACCGAAGGAGAUGACAGUCCAGAGCAGAUGGAGGCGGUGGCCAGCAAACGCAAGCGCACACUCAAAUCAGAUGAUCAAG